GACUCCUCUUCGACGCUGCUCGCUUGAUGAAAUUUACAGUUAGCGUGUGUGAAGUAACGGUCGUUGUCGUGAUUUACGAAGGCGUAGGCGGGUAAAGGGCGUGUCUGCUCAGUCUGCCUGCUUAAUGCAUAUGUUCCAUGUGUGUGCUGUCACGUUGAAAACUUAAAAGUACGCCCAACUGAAAACUAUCUCACAACAAAAUUGUCCAUUUUGAAAAAAGGUUGAAAAACAAAUCAAAAUUUAAGUGAGUGUUGGAGUAUUUUAUCGAUAUUUCACUGUUGUUUGCUUAAACGUUGAACAUUGCGCUCAGCUGUUAUCACUGAGUGCUGCAGCAGUACAACAACUGCAACAAUAACAACAGCUUCUAGUAUAGCUCAACAUUUUAGCAAAAGCAGUAAAACAAAAACAACAACGGGAAAAUGGGUUUCAUGCGAUACUUGGACGAGGUUCAGUUGCAGGGCUUCGAGAGAUAUAAGUACAACAGCAUAGACACAAGUUUUCUCAGUGUCUAUGUAAUGCAUCCGUUCUGGAAUGUCUGUGUCAAGUUUUUGCCCAAAUGGUUGGCGCCAAAUCUGCUUACCUUUGCGGGUUUCCUCAUGACUGUCAUAAACUUUAUUCUCAUUGCUUACUACGACUGGGAUUUUACAGCGGCCAAUGAUAAGGAGCGAGGCAAUACGGUGCCUGGUUGGGUGUGGACUGUGGCGGCUAUAAAUAUAUUGAUUUACUACAAUCUGGAUGGCAUGGAUGGUAAGCAGGCGCGACGUACAGGAACGAGCGGUCCAUUGGGCGAGCUCUUUGAUCACGGAUUGGACUCCUAUUCGGCUGCGCUAAUACCCAUUUAUAUAUUUUCGUUAUUUGGCACCGACGAUCUGCCGCCCAUCCGCAUGUUCUUUGUGAUUUGGAACGUGUUCUUGAACUUCUAUUUAACGCAUGUGGAGAAAUACAAUACGGGCGUUAUGUUUUUGCCUUGGGGCUAUGAUUUUACCAUGUGGGGUGUCAGUUUAAUGCUCUUUUUGGCCACUAUAUUCGGUCCGGAAAUUUAUCGUGCUACGUUCUUUGGCUUUACAAUAGCGAAUUUUUUUGAAGUAGGGCUUAUUGGUUCUGGCAUAGUUUCGAGUCAUCCAAUUAUCAUCAGAAAUAUUUACCUCUCCUACAAGAACAAGACUGGCAAAAUGCGGCCCCUGUGGGAAAUGGUACGCCCCUUCUUUGCCUUUCUCUGGCUUUUUGCUAUCACACUGGUGUGGUCGUUUUUCUCUCGCAAUAAUGUGAUCAACUUGGAGCCUCGAAUUUUGUGGGUGCUCUAUGGAACAAUCUUCUCAAACAUUGCGUGCCGUUUGAUUGUGGCCCAAAUGUCGGAUACACGCUGCGAUGCGUUCAACAUACUCAUGUGGCCUUUGGCGGCCUGUGUAGGCGUUUGCUGUUUCCCUUGGUACGAGAAAGUCUUCAACAUGGAUCUGACGGCAGAUGGGGAAAGAUGGAUUGUGCAGGGCCUCACUGUUUUUGUCACUCUGGCGCACUGGCAUUAUGGUUAUAGUGUGGUUUCGGAAAUGUGCGAUCGUUUUCACAUCAGAUGCUUCAAAAUAAUCAAACCUAAUGCUGUCGCGGCUGAGGAGCUGAAUGUGGCAGUUGUCGAUGAACAGCAGCAGGAACAGCAAACCGACCAGGAACACGAUCAUCUACAGUCCGUAGAGGCUGUAGCAGAAGUGUAGUUUUUAUAUGUAAGUCUAGAUUCUAAGUUAAUUGCAAAUAUUGUUUCACUGCUGUUAGAUACUGUUUCUAAUCUAAGUCUACAAAUUGUACAUAAAAAAGGACCAACGAAAGCUUGAAAUAUAGAGCAUAACUGAGGUUAUCCAA